GUCCCCAAGGGUUCGGUACCGGAACAUCCAACUGUCAUAUCUCAAAAAGCAAAUGUUUGCAUCGGCAUCAUUUUUGUCGUGAAGAUAAUUUACUAAUUUUGCCCUGAAAAGUGAUAUUAAACUAUGGUUCUUGUGUACUGCAUAUUCGAUAAGUGCGGCAAUCAACGGAAAAAGAAUGGCAAGAUAUCCUUCUUCAGUUUUCCAAAGGAGCCGGAACUGUUGCAAAAGUGGAUCGACUUCAUCAACGACCAUAACCCGACUAAGAUGAAUGAGAAACAGCUGGACAGGGAAAAGAUGAAACUUUGCCAUAUGCACUUCGAGAAGAACCAGGUGGUGACCAAGUCGAACAACGACCGGGUGCUGAUACGGAACUCGGUUCCGCGAUGCCCGCCGGGAAUAAUGUAAGUAUUUUGGACUUUUUUU